AUGCUGCCCAGUCUUAUAACUCUUGCCUGUGGUCUGUCCUGCAUCACAGCAGUGUCUGCAAAUAUACUUAAAGCUGAGUCCUGGCUGCAGCAGUACGGCUACCUGCCCCCGGGCGAUGUCAGAGCUCAGGCGCUCCGCUCCCCAAAGUCUGUGGAAGCCGCGAUCUCGGCCAUGCAGGAGUUUUACGGAUUAACAGUGACGGGAAGCAUAGACGCCAGCACAAUGCAAGCAAUGAGCCGGCCUCGAUGUGGUGUUCCAGACAAGUUUGGUCCACAGUUGAAAACGAACCUGCGGAGAAAGAGAUACGCAGUACAGGGGCUGAAGUGGGACAAAUCAGUAAUCACUUUUAGCAUUCAGAACUACACUCCCAAAGUGGGCGAGCAGGGGACUUACGAGGCCAUCCGGAAAGCCUUCAAAGUGUGGGAGAGCGCCAUCCCCCUCACCUUCAGAGAGAUCCCCUACUCUCAGAUCAGAGACAAAGUCGAUAAGUUCGCCGACAUCAUGCUGUCGUUCUCUGAGGGUUUCCAUGGUGACAGCACGCCCUUUGACGGCGAGGGCGGAUUCCUGGCGCACGCGUACUUUCCCGGUCACGGCAUCGGCGGCGACACGCACUUUGACCUCGCCGAGCCGUGGACCACCGGCUCUGUGGACCAGGGAGGUAACGAUGUUUUCCUGGUGGCGGUCCAUGAGCUGGGUCACGCCCUCGGUUUGGAGCACUCCAACAGCCCCUCUGCUAUCAUGGCGCCCUUUUACCAGUGGUUUGAGACCGAAAAUUUCCAACUUCCAGAUGACGACCGCAGAGGCAUCCAGGCAAUCUAUGGCACUAAAUCUGGCGCCCCUCCACCACCGCCACGUCCCACCAAGGCCACUAUUCCCAGUAAACCUGACAACGGCCCCGAUGUGUGCGAGGGGCAUUUUGACACCAUCGCCGUCUUGAGAGGAGAGAAGUUUGUGUUUAAGGAUAAAUGGUUUUGGCGCGUUCGCAACAACAAAGUCCUGACCGGAUACCCCAUGCCCAUUGGACACUUCUGGAAAGGGCUGCCUUCUGGAAUCAACUCUGCGUAUGAGAGGGACGAUGGAAAAUUUGUCUUCUUCAAGGGUGAUAAAUACUGGGUCUACAGUGAGUCGGCCAUGGAGAAAGACUCUCCCAAAACCCUGAGGGACAUGGGGACUGGUCUGCCCAAGGACAAGAUCGAUGCUGCGCUUUUCUACACCCCGACCGGACAGACCUUCUUCUUCAGAGGAAACGAAUACUAUCGUUUCAAUGAGCAGAGCCGCUCUGUGGACAGUGGUUACCCUAAACCCAUCAGCACAUGGAGCGGAGCACCAGAAAACAUCAAAGCAGCCAUCAUGAGUGAAGAUGGAUCUUACACCUAUUUCUACAAAGCAAAUAAAUAUUGGAAGUUCAACAACCAGUACAUGAAAGUGGAGUCCGGUUAUCCCAAGUCGGUGCUCCGGGACUGGAUGGGCUGCGAUAGCGAGGAUCCGAAAAGAGGACGCGAGGAGGAGGUGAUCAUCAUCGAGGUGGAAGAGGCGCAGGGCGGAGCGGGCCCCGUGGCGGUGAUCAUCCCGCUCCUGCUCCUGGUGCUGGUGGUCAUCACCCUGGGAACCCUGCUGUUCUUCCGGAAGUACGGCACGCCCAGACGCCUGCUGUACUGCCAGAGAUCUCUCAUGGUCAAGGUGUAG